AUUUAUGGACUAGUGGACUAAAAUUAGUACGAGUGCCUUUUCAUCUCAGUACUCGUUCCGGAAAUAUUUCCAACGCACCUUUUGAUAUUUUUCUCUGCGUUUACGUCAUUAUGGUAAGAGAGGCGGAAGUUGUCGCCUUCAGACAUGGCGCUGUCCUGUUCGAGGCUCACUCCUAAUUUGUCUUUGAUUCGACUGUGGAGUGUCAGAACAAACCAAAUUGCGAAUGGACUGCACUCGCCGUGUGUGUGUCACCGGUCCAGAUAUUUCUCGUCGUCCAAAGUUCGACGAGGUCUCGGUCGCUAUGUGACGUCCAGGCUGCAGUGGGCCAACACCAAAUAUGAAGGCUUCCUCAAAAGGCGAUUUCCACGCUUCUAUCUGCUCUACCAUACAUUUAGGGAAGGAUUCAAGCUUCUUUUCCGAGAUGCCAAAGACGUCAGCAAGAUCAAAACAAAGAUGUCAAGUGAUGGAAUCAAGUUCCAAGAUUUGUCCUACAGGGAAAUGGAGAAACUCAGACAGUUUCGCCGAGACAUGAUAAAAGGCAUCCCACUGGUGUUAAUAUCUAUUCCUCCCUUUGCCAACUACCUGGUUUUCUUAUUAAUGUACUUGUUCCCCCGCCAGCUGCUGAUCCCUCAUUUCUGGACUCCAAAGCAGCAGGUAGCGUUUCGUCAGUUGUAUCAUUCGCUCAGGGCUCGACACCACUGGCCCGUCCUGCGAGGGGUCCAGCAUGUGAGUGGCCAGGUGGAAGAUUCUCAGCUGCGGAGUCGCCUUCAGAGCCUGUGCUCUCAGGUGCAAAAUGGAGCAAACCCCAAAGUGUUGGAAAUCCUUGCAGUGCGGAGCCUGUUUUGCGGGACUCCUCUGGGUUUAAGCAAGCUUACUGUGGAUCAAAUGAGAGACAUAAGCCCUCUGCUCUUCUUGACACCCCACCUACCCGGCUUCCUGAUUGGCCGCCGGCUAACCAAUCACGCCUUGGAGCUGCUCCGUCUGGACCGAGCCCUCAGCAAGCUGGGCCCGCACCAGCUCAGCGACUCAGAAGUGAGACAGGCUUGCUACUUGAGAGGCCUCAACUCAGAUCGUCUCAGUGUCAACCAGUGUCGAGAGUGGUUGCACCAAUGGCUUCAGCUGUCCUCCUCACUGAAAGACUCAGAUGUGUCACUCCUUUUGCACUGCCUUAUGUUCCUCUCCGCCAACUACCCGAAUACCAUCAGCCGCCCAUAAGAACCCUGGAGGACUUCUUACAGAGAGUUGUCAGCAUCUGUUCUUUUUCUGAUGGGAAAACUAUUUCAAAAAGGGUUUUUAUUGGCAUUUUCAGAUUUAAAAAAAAAAAAAAAAGUCUACAAUUGCUGAGUUCACUUAAAAGCUUACACAGUGUGCAGUAUCUCUCAGUGUUUAAUAGGCGUUUACUCUACUCUGCGGAGUGUAGUUUACAGAUUUCACAGACUGAAACUCACUGUCAGUCACUCACUAUCACUGGUUUCGGUACAUUCAUUUCUUUAAAUUUAGGGAAAUUAUCAUUGGUUUAAUGGCAAAGCUGGAUAUUAUUUGUUCAGACAUUCCAUUUGCCAGCAUGUGCUCAAACACCUGCUGUGUUUUCUUCCCGUAUUUUACCUCAGUGUGUGCACUCCUAUUUAUUUUCAAACAUUUGUACUUAAUGUAAGGGAACAAUAGCAAAAGAGCUAUUAAAGCCCAAGCAGACUGGAAAAAAAGAUUACGGUUUGUGUUUACUUGCAUGGUUGUGGUAAAAUGCAACUUUUUGAAAGUAUUGUUUGGCCUGCAGUGAAACCAACUGAUAAGUGAUGGCACUUGACAAGUUUACGUAAUGUUUAAAAAAAAAAAAAAAAAAAAAAAACUUAAUUACUCCGUGCCUUUUGCAAGGACUGAUGGAAUAGGUUUCGUAUUUCAAAUGGGCUGUAGGCAUAUUUUUGUUGUGCAUUUACUCAUGUUCAGUGAUGUGUUGAUGUGCCAUAUUGAAAUGAAUGUCCAAAAAAUAAAUACAUUUACUCUCAAAACCAA